AUGAAUCUGAACGAUUUUUCCAAACAGGAUUUUUCACUCAGAUCCGAUGGAAGGUCAACGAGAGGAAAGGAAGGCGGGUUUGCUGGUCCCAGUGACGAGCGAGAGUCCGGUGAAGUGGAUGGAGAGGCGGGAGAGGCGGGAGAGGGGGGAGAGGGGGAAGGGGCAAGAGCGGCGGUACCGGAAAGUGUUGAACGGGAGGAAGGAGUGGCAAUGGAGGAAGGGGAGGAAGGAGAGGAAGGGGAGGAAGGAGAGGAAGGGGAGGAAGGAGAGGAAGGGGAGGAAGGGGAUGCAGGAGAGGAAGGAAAGGAAGGAGAGGAAGGGAAGGAAGGAGAGGAAGGGGAGGAAGGAGAGGAAGGGGAGGAAGGAGAGGAAGGGGAGGAAGGAGAGGAAGGGGAGGGACGCGAGGAAGGGGAGGAAAUGGAGGAUGGAGAGGAUGCAGAGGAAGUAGAGGAAGAAGAGGCAGUUGAGAAAGGGGAAGAAAUGGAGGAAGGAGAGGAAGGGGAGGAAGGAGAGGAAGGGGAAGCAGGUGAGGAAGGGGAGGAAGGAGAGGAAGGGGAGAUGGGAGCGUCAGGAGAGGAAGGGGAGGUGGGCAUCCGGGCAGAAGAAGUGGUGAGCGCGGGAGUGGAUAUGGAGGAAACAGAUGCACAGACGGCGGAGUUAAGUGAUGGAGCAGAAAGUGCGCGUGCAGCGUCUGCAGGCGAAGCAACAAUGGCAGCAUGCUAUGGAGCUGGGGAAGUUGGUUCGGGAGAAGCAGAGCGGGGAGCAUGGGAAGAAGCGUCAGGUGAUGAUGGAUCGGCGGAUCAAGAGCUGCGGACGGAGGAGCAACGUGCGAGUGGGGAGCAAGAGGGGAGCGGGGAGCAGCGGGGGAGGAGUGCAGGGCAACGGGGGGAUGCGGAGCAGAGGGCUGAUGACAACGGGAGAAUGCGCGAGACGAUUGAUCUAAGUGGGGAGGACGACGACGAUGUGCUCGUUCUCUCUCCCGAUGCUGUACGCUCUCUGCACUUUGGCUUCUGCAUGGCAAUGAGAGUGCGGAGCGACGGCAGGCGCAGGAGCACGAGGGGGGGAGCACCAACGGGUGCAGGUCAGAGUGGUGGUGGUGGUGGUGGUGGUGGUGGUGGUGGUACGGGUGUGCGCCAGUUCUUCAUGCCUGCGCGCUCCUCCUCCUCCUCGCGUGCAAAUGCUUCCAGCACUCAUGCGCAGGCUCGCCGAGUCACGCGGCAGGCAGCUGGUAUGCUGUGA